CUGUCUCACCUGUCUGUCUCACCCUUCUCUCUCUCCCCCCUCGUUAGGCUCGUUACUCUCCGUUAACCCCGGUGUGGCUCGUUUGGUUAAAGAGCUCUUUUGCCUUAACGAGCGAGUUGCUCUCACCGGCCAAUGGCAGCACGGCUUCUUCUCGUUAACGGCGGUCGGAGCCACAAACGUCGGCUCCAUCAGAGUUUACUUCGACCAGGAGCUUCAGACCAACGCUCCUCGCUACAGUAAAGGCUCCUUCCACGACCGAAGCUACGUGGACGACAGUGUGUUGAAGGUGGCGGGUGAAGGUGGCGUGGUCUCUAUGGAGGAAGAGGGCGUGGUCUUACAGGAGGGCGUGGUCUUACAGAAGGGCGCAGCCGUGGGGGAGUUCAACCUCGGCUCCACCAUCGUUCUGCUGUUUGAGGCUCCGAAAGACUUUAGGUUCAACCUGCAGCCGGGACAGCGAAUCAGAGUGGGGGAGGGGCUCGGCAGCCUCUGAUUGGCCGAGCUGCGUACUCAGGAGGGGGAGGAGCCUGAUGAUAAGGAAGUGCUUGUCGUCUGAUGACAGACGGACAUCAAGAGUUUAUGGCAUUGUGGGAAUUUUUUCUUGGUAACAAAAAAACCUGUAAAUGACAUAAAGAGGACUCCGACUCCCAGCAUGCCUUGCGCCUCAUCGGGGGGUUGAAUGCCAAAGCUCUGUCUUUUUUUUUUUUUUUUUUCUUUCUGUUGUCUCUCUGUGUCGCUCUUCCAGCAACUGAACCAACAAACAA